AAUCAAUCUCCAAGUCUUAACUCCUAAGUUCCAACUUCCAGCAACCAAAACUCCGAACUCCAAAUCCAAAUCACACAACACAAAAAACUCGAAAAUCAACGAUUAUUACAAGAAAAUAUGAGCGAAGACGAACAGAAGAGGGGAGUCUCAAGUGAUCCUCAUCACCGCUAUCCGCCUCCACCCCCCGAGUACGGGACGUUCCAAGGAGUAGCCAACUACCCACCACCGCCUCCCCCGCAUCACCCUCCGCCGACCGGGUUCCCUCAGCCUGUGCCGCCGCCGGGAGCUGGUGGCCCUUCAGCGCCUCAUCCUGACUACUACACUCAUGGAUAUCAAACCGUUCCUGGCUAUGCAGUUGCUGAGGGACGACCAGUAAGAGAGCGUCGCCUUCCUUGCUGUGGUUGUGGACUUGGCUGGUGCCUGUUCAUCAUUGGUUUCUUCCUAGCUACCGUCCCCUGGUAUGUUGGUGCAUUCAUCUUACUUUGCGCCAGGAUAGACCCCCGUGAGAAACCAGGAUAUAUCGCUUGUACACUUGGCGCCAUUCUUGCAACAAUUGCUAUUGUCCUAGGUGCAACAAGGGGAAGUCAUGACUGGUAAUCCCACAGGGAGGAGUUUUAUAGCUUGUAUGAUUGAUAUGUUAUACGUGAGUCCAAACUCUGGGAAGCCUGUACAUGGAUAUCAAUCUGCUUAUGAGUUAUCACAUACUGUUUGAACUUGUUUAAUUCA